AUGGCUACAGCAACGUACAUUGCUUCUAAGAACUUAGCCGAAAUCCGCGAACAACUCGGAGAGCCCUUUGCAACCGCCCUGGAGUAUCUACCUCUCGACAAGGUCAUUACUAAGACCCAAAAGCAUGAGGAAGAUGCUAUAUCAUUCAUGCUACUGUUCGGUCACAUCCGUAAUCAGUGCGAGAACGGAGAUCGGGAUGUGUGGGUCCUACUCUUCCCACCUACCAAGGAGGAUGGGCAGAGUAAGAUAGAGUUCAAUUCGUACGACAGCGCCACUGGAGCCUCUGAAUGGCAUAACAACCAUAACAUCAGCACGAGUGCAGAAAAUGCAGCUGCGUUCAAGAUGCCUAAGAAAGCAUCGCUUGGAAAGCACACUGCACUCGCACGGUACUAUUUCCUCCAGAAACUCGCCGCCAAUGAGACCAAAAAUGACGGCAUCUCUGAGCUGAAGUUUGCUAUGAAAGUUAAUAGAGGCCUUCUCGACUGCUUAAAGACGGCAUGUAACGAGUUUGAAGGUGCGGCAAAAGCCGCACUAGCUAGGUCCGUCAGACAGCUAUCAGUCACACUCCCAGAAAGUCAAGAAAGUGAUGCAACCCUCGACUUUGAAGACUCCAGAGAAACCGUCAAUGAACGGCUCCAGCGCGCAUGGGCUCCGCAAACCCCCCUCAACAAGAUUGCCCAAGCUCUCGCCUCGCUCAACGACAAAGAAAUGAACGUCAAGACACGCAUUACAAAUCUCGACGACUACCUCAUGACCCUGACAGAAGAACGCCUAGACCUCGAGCAGCGCUGUAAGAACGUCGAAGCCGAGCGUCUUGCCGCUGAAAAGGAAGUGGCUAGUAUCAAGGCACAGCGAGAGACUCUGUUCAAGGGCUUGAGUCCUGAGGCAGUGUUUGAGUUGGGUAGGAACAGCGAGCGGACGAAUCCUACGAAGCGGCGUAAGCUUGACUAA